CUUCAACUGCCUCCUGACCUUCGGCUCUUACUUCUGCUUCGACAUCCCCAGCGUCCUGCAGGAGCAGUUUCAGGGGUUAAUCUGCAGCUGUUCAGACAGUGAGUUUCAGGCAAAAUGGAACGCAGUUUGUCACUGCUUUUCAAGGAAAGUGCUGGAUUAAAAAGAAAAAAUUAGAAUUUGACCUGCCCCAAUGGAACCCAUCAUAACAGCACUGGGCGUAAUAGCACACUGGAUUGUGUUGAAGGCUUGGGAAUGACCCCUGCACAAUACAACUUACUCUACGCCAUCUACGCUUGGACAAAUGCAGCAGUGGUGAUUCUGGCUGGAUUCCUGAUUGAUAAACUAGGAAAUCGCUUUGGUGUCUUUGUUUUCUCCCUUCUGACUGUGCUGGGAUCAUCAAUCUUUGCUCUGGGCUCUCAUUUCAAGGGGUCGCCGUAUCUCCUGCCUCUGAUGCUGACAGGAAGACUGCUGUUUGGCUCUGGAAAUGGGUCACUUACUAUUGUGCAGAAUCGUAUCACAGCCUUCUGGUUCAAAGGGAAGGAGCUGGCACUGGCAUUUGGACUGACCCUCUCAUUCUCCCGCCUUGGAAGUGUCCUCAACUUCUUCUUCACCCAGCAGUUUGAGACACGCUUUGGAAUACAGUGGACGCUCUGGGGUGGUACUCUGCUGUGUGUGCUUGGUUUUGUUUCAGCCAUCACAGUCAGUGUGCUAGAUAAAGUGGGCAUGAAGCAGCUUGGCUUGGACGGGGUUAUCCAGCAGGAAUCCAAAAAAGUGCGGAUUCAAGACAUCCGGCGUCUUCCCCUUCGCUACUGGCUCCUCGUCCUCACCAUCAUGUUUUUCUACAACGGAGUCUUCCCCUUUGUGGCAGAUGCCAGCAAGUUUAUCCAGGAUAAAUAUUCUGGUUACAGUCAGCAGGCAGCCGCUUAUAUUGCUGGGGCAGUGUACGACAGCUCCCUUGUUCUCUCUGCAGCAGUUGGCAUAUUAAUCGACUACAUUGGACUGAGAGGCAUCUUUGCUGUUGGCUGUGCUGCAUUUACUCUGCCAGUCUUCGCUCUCCUGGCAUUUACGUUUGUCCCUCCGCUGGUGUCUACCAUCUGGUUGGGGAUUACUUACUCUUUUGCUGCUGCUAGUAUGUGGCCAUCCAUACCUCUUGUGGUGCCCCAGGCAACUUUAGGGACUGCUAUGGGGCUUGCAACUUCUGUGCAGAUGAUUGGAAUUGGCCUUUCAAAUCUGAUCGUUGGACACAUUCUAGGAACAAAGUCCAGUGAAUUAAAGAUUCCACUGUGGCGCUGGCAACAGAUGAUGAUCUUUAUGUUGGUGAACACUAUUGCGUGUAUUGUUGCUUCUGUUAGCCUCAAUGUGGUGGACAAGAAACAGGGAGGGACCCUGAACAGAACGAGAAAGGGGUCGCCUGUGGAGCAGGAGCACCGACACGGAGCAGAUUCAGCACCGCUCCUUGAUGACGACACAGGAAACAAAGGCUCCGUCAGCUGAACCGUUGCAGUGCAAGAACAGUGGUGGCCGCCAGACACAGUAUCGAUCACUUCUACUUGAAAAGGAAUUUUUAGCCUGUGUAUUUUAAAGGUCUUUAAUGAGAAAUCUCGUUCCGUCAUCCGUUAAGAUCUGUGAAGGGAAUUAUCUACACAAAGGGAAUGUUUUCCGUUGUUUGUGUCUGGAACACAAGUGGAACAGAUCUGCUGCGCCUUCUCUGCCACAGACAGAAACCUGCAUGGAGUGUUUUUUUUAAAAACUAUGCUAUAGUAAGUAAAAUCAGUCUAGCUGAAGCUUCUUCAUAA